GGCUCCACGCACACUGCCCGGAGAAGUGGUCCUCGCUUCCUUGAAUCCUUCCUUUCAUUGCUGUUCCCCUCGACCCUUCAUCGUGGGCGGUCAUGACGACUCAUGAUAUAAGACAGCCUCAAAUGAGGCGCCCACUUACUCCCUGAAUCACACUCACCCCUCGAUAUGCUCGCCUCUCUCACCUCAUUCGUAGCGCUCGCGCUUCUGGCAGCCGCAGCCCCUGCCGUUGAUAAUGGCUACGGUCGCACGCCGACGCUGGGCUACAACACGUACAAUGCUUUUGCAUGCGCGCCCGACGAGGCCAAGAGUCUUGACUCAAUCGCUGCACUCAAGAAGCACGGCCUCAUCGAUGCUGGAUACAAAACGUUCCAAAUUGACUGCGGCUGGCAGUCUAAUCAGCGCGACCCAAAAACGGGCGCCAUCGCCGUAGCCUCGGACCGCUUCCCACGCGGGCUGGGUGUCGUAGCGGACGCCGCACGUGGACAAGGCAUGGACUUUGGCAUGUACACAGACCAAGGGUUACUCUCCUGCGAUACGGACACCAGUCGAGGAGCCAUCGGUAGCUUGGGCCACGAAGCGGCGGAUGCAGCCUUCUUUGCUUCUCUCAAUGCUACGACGGUUAAAGUGGACAAUUGCUUUGUUGAUGGCAAGGAUAACUCGCCCAAGGUGCCUCGCACCGACUUUGUCACGCGGUUCAAGGCGAUGGGAGAUGCACUCAAAGCGCAUGGUAUCAAGGGCAUGACCAUUUGUCAAUGGGGCGUGCCAUACUCGAGUCCGAGUAACGGAUUGCAAGGUCCCGCUCAAUGGACAGGAGACAUCUCGACGAGCUACCGUCUCAGCGAUGACAUUGCCAAGGGGUGGACGUCCAUUCUCCAAAUUUCCAAUCAGGCGAUGCACAUCGCCAAGCGUGGGAUGUCGGGACCUGGUCACUUUGCGGACGCCGACUUACUCGAGGUGGGCAAUGGAGGCCUCACGGCGGCCGAGGAGAAGACGCAUUUCUCACUGUGGGCAAUGCUCAAGAGCAAUUUGAUGGUCUCUACGCAGAUGGACAAGGCCUCGCCCGACUCGCUCGCUCUCUUGGCCAACAAGGAGCUGCUCGCCAUCAAUCAAGACUCGAUGGGCAAGCCAAUCCAACUCAUCCAGCGCUUCACCAAUGAUCACGACGUCUAUGCUGGCCCGCUCGCGAACGGUGAUGUGGCCGUGCUGAUCGUGGAGCAAGGCAAUCUGGCUGGCUCAAUGAAGAUCGACUUCUCCCUCCUCGAAAUCGUCUCGGCAGACGUGCACGACCUAUGGACUAGAGAGAAGAAGACCAAGGUCGACUCGUAUACGGCCGAGAUGGACCAGCAUGGCUGCAUCGCCCUGCGCCUCUCCAAUGUAGAGCGCCCCUCGACUUUCUCAGACAAGAUCGCCUGGCACCCAGCCACCUCUGGCAAGGGCGGCGUACGAGCGGACUGCUCUGGCUGCUCCGGCAAGUCCAAGGUCGGCGGAAUCGACGACGCUGCGGUGUAUCGUCUAGACAACAUCACUGCCGCUCGCGCAAAGUCGACGCUCCUCUUCGACUACAUCAAUGCCGAGGUUCAGUUCUCCUUCCAGGGCGAGACCAACGAGCGAGGCGCCCUCAUCAGAGUGAAUGGCGGGGAGGAACAGAGCGUCUCCUUCCCUCUGUCAGGCUACAAUUGGGACACGGAUGUGUGGAAGAACUAUCGCGUCGACUUGACUGGAUUUGUUGUGGGCGGAGGAAACUAUAUUGAGAUUCGAGGUGGGUCGAAGCUUUCCCAAUACGCGCCCGAUCUGGACCGCAUUGGUAUCAUCGUUUGAGCGGAGGGAGUGGGAAGGGAAUCGGGAGGCUGCCGGCGAGGUUAUAGUGCUGUCGUGUGGCCUGGAGACAAUGCGAUACGUGUGUGGUUGUGCUGUGCUUUG